AUGAUGCCAAGUACAGAUUUCAUCGGCUCUACGCCAGCUGAAGAUCAAGUUUUUGACAAUACACAAAUUACGACAAAAGCCAUUUUAAAUACUCAACAUCAGAAACUAUCAAAGAUAAAAUCAUUACGAAAAGAAAUUAAACGUAGGUUAAUACAGUUUCCAAUAAUUUGUCAACAAUGGCGCUCAGCUUCACUCAAUUAUAUUGAGGUCGCUCUAAAAGCUGUUGAUGGCUCACCUCAUCUUUAUCAUAUCGAUAACAAACUCUGUAAGCUUAACUCAAUUACUGGGCAACAUGAUCUCAUUGUGAAGGACGAAGAAAAAAAUCUAUUGUACUAUCAAGUGACAGAAGAAGAUUAUGCCAAAGGUUACAAAACGUUCCAAGUAGAAUUAAUGAAACUACUUCAAAAAGAUCAGAUUACAAAGGAUGUUAUAAGGCAGAGACAAUUAGACAAAUCUCGUUUAGCAUUUACACGAUGUUAUAUUGAUCAAUUUGGUCAACGUGUACGUGAUCAAAACACAACAGUGUUGAGCAAUGUAAUGGCGGAAGCUUACGGAGCUGUUGAUGUCGUUGUUUAUGGUCCAACAUAUGGCAAAUAUCAAGGCGGAGAAUUAAUAUUUAUUUUACUCAAAGGAAGAGUACUCAGACAAGGUUUAACGAUAGUUUUCACGGAAAAUCGUACCGGAUGGUACUGUCCAAUUCAACGUUUUGAAAAAAAUGGCAAUUGCAUAUAUUUCAAUGCACCGGCGUAUUAUCAACUAUUGGGAACGGCCAAAGUAAACAUUGUUGUUUCUUAUCAAGGUGUAGAAGUUGAGCAGUUGCCGUAUACGUAUGAUCAAACACUUGACGCUCCAUUUGUCAAUAUGAAUACCAUCCAAGAUCAUCGUUCUACUUUAAUGUUUGAAGCAAGUAACUUGGACGUGACUGCUGGUUACUCUUGCAGAAAAUCAACUAAUAAGCGAACAAAACGUUUGGCUGGACAAAGAGAAUCAAAGUACAAUAUUUGA